AUGGAUUCCAAGUACGUGCCUGCAAUGCUCUGUCUUAUGGUCGUAGCAGCCCUCGCCGUUUUGAACGCUUUAUCUUUCUUGUUUUUCCUGCAUAAUCAAGACCAGAUCUUCUCAGUUGAUGACUCACAGUAUCUCUCAGUCACCUCUGAUGUUAUCUCUUCUGUCUCAUACUCCUCGGAUCCUGCUCAGGGACCUGUUACCUACAUCUCUGGUCUACUUGCUAGUACCACUGCUGAUGAGCUUGAAGAUGUCAUCAAAAGCUCUUUGGAGCAAGAUGAUGUUUUCUCGGAGGCUUUCCUCGCAACUAUUCUUGUCAGUGCGGGCGAUGAAGGGGAUAUUGAUUCCUCAGUCGUGAGCUACCUCAAUAGCCUCAAUGCCACUGUCAUCUACGGAGGAAAGGGUGGCCCUAGUCUCUGCGGCAACUCUACCUUGACUCCAUGCCCCAUGUUUGGCCUUGCAGAUGGCGAUAGUCUCAGCCUUGGCAAAGUCUUCCGCUUGUAUGUUGAUACCUACAGGACUUUCGUGGUUGGCACAUAUGAAGCGGGAGAUGGCUAUCGCACUUUGACUUAUUCCAAUUCGGAAUGGGGCGCUCCAUCUAUCCCUGUCCCCUCAAGACUUUACAGUGUUGAAGAUGACAGACCUCUCGCUGGGAAGCGAAUUGGUGUCAAAGAUGUCUACGAUCUGGAAGGCAUACAGACCACGGGUAGGAGUCUAGCUUACUCUUCUAUUCACCCAGAAGCCGAUACGACAGCUCCAGCCCUCCAGCGCAUAAUUGAUCAGGGCGGAAUAGUUGUUGGCAAGCAGAGAACAGCCCAAUCCGUCUCACCUCAGAGCUGGUUUCUGAAGGUGUAUUGA